CGCGCGCACUGAUCAAAUCUGAGCCAACAUUUACCUUUUGAAAAUUGCACUUGUCCAAAAUACAUGGUUUACCAUGUCGUAGCCACAGAAGAGUGCGCAACUCAAUGGAAUAAAAGCAUAAUAAACUGGUUUAUGUUCCGACACAACGGACAACUGCGAUGGAUACUACUUUGGAGCCACUUGCAGCAUCUCUUUUUUACGACGAGGAAUAUGGAAAUGAAACCGCCACUAACCUUUUCGAGCAACCGGACUGGCAGGUGGCACUAUGGGCGAUUGCGUAUUCUUUAAUCGUAAUUGUUUCCAUUAUUGGCAAUGUCACAGUUAUUUGGAUCAUUCUGGCACAUAAACGCAUGAGGACCGUGACCAACUACUUUAUUGUAAACCUCGCCUUUUCCGACGCGUCAAUGGCAACUUUUAACACCGUCUUUAAUUUCGUGUACGCGUUGCACAAUGACUGGUAUUUCGGUUUGGGAUAUUGUAAAUUUCAAAACUUCUUUCCAAUAACAGCCAUGUUCUCAAGCAUUUAUUCAAUGGCAGCAAUUGCUGUUGACAGAUAUAUGGCUAUCAUCCAUCCCUUGAAACCAAGGCUUUCCUCCACCACCACUAAAUUUGUGAUCGGGGUCAUUUGGACUGUUGCUUUUGCAUUGGCUUUUCCUCAGUGUUAUUACGCCAGUACCCAGUUCUUCUUCCCUCGGACCGUCUGUAUGGUGGAAUGGCCCGGCGAUUAUGGGGGGAAACAUCAGCUCUCGUAUCAGAUUGCUGUGAUUAUCCUGAACUAUGUGCUCCCUCUGCUGGUGAUGCUGGUGACCUACAGUCUUGUGGGACUGAGGCUGUGGGGCAGUGAGAUCCCAGGAGAAGCAUCAGACAACUACCAGAAUCAGAUCCAGGCUAAACGCAAGGUUGUGAAGAUGAUGAUAGUGGUGGUGAUGACCUUUGCAAUAUGUUGGCUUCCCUACCACAUCUAUUUCAUUCUGGGGAGCUUCAACAAGGACAUAUACAAGCAGCACUACAUACAGCAGGUCUAUCUGGCUAUCUUCUGUCUGGCUAUGAGUUCCACAAUGUACAACCCCGUCAUUUAUUGCUGUCUAAACCAAAGAUUUCGCUCAGGUUUCCGCAAGGCAUUCCAGUGGUGCCCCUUCGUGAAGAUAUCCGAGGAGGACAACAUGGAACUGCAGCACAUGAAAACCUUUCACAUGAGACGCAGUUAUCGCACAGAGACCACCAGCGUGGUGGUCCGUAACCAUGUCAACGAGCCAGAAGAUUCCAUAUCCAAACUAAUCAAAGCCUGAGUCUAGAAUAAAAGAGAGAAUUUGCUGGCAUGGUCACACUUAGCACUCAACACCAAUCAUUAAAUUUCACUUUGUUUAUGUUCUGGUGGGUUCAGUGGGCUUUAAGGGUGGAGUAUUAAUAUACUCAUAUGGCAUAAGCACCAAGCCUUAUUUAUUUAUUGCUGCUUAAUGUACCAGAUCUAGUAUAUGUGUAUACACUAUUAAAAAAGAGCAACGGAUUUUACACGUGGCAGCUGUUAAUGUAAAUGGCAAACUUUUGUUUGACGAGUUGCUGUCUUAAAAGCGAAAGCAACAGGUUUUAUAUGCAGCCUUUAUGUAUUAGUGAUUAUAGAUGCAAAAUCAAGAGUAAAAAGAUGUGUCUCAUAUUUACAGUGAUCAAAUAUUUAUAGCUUCUAGAAAUAUAAAUAAAACCAAGGAGAUAUUUCAGUGUUAUAAUCAUCAUAAA